AUGGUCUUCUCCUCAGGAAUUCUCGGCAUGGUGGCGGUUGCGUCAGCCUAUCUCGCGGCCCCCGCCGCUGGCGCGGAAAACCAGCCACUUCCAUGGGACGGCCGUGGAUAUGACUUGACUGACAAGACCAUAGAGACCAAGUAUCUGACUCAUAUUUUGACCAUGCGUAACAAUACCGCGUAUAACGGCGUUGAAAAAUACGUGGCUAUCAAACAGCUUGGCCGCUCGCCCGCUUACAAUGAUGACACCGGCGUCAUCAACAUUGCAGUGGAUGCACACGCUAUCUUUAAGGAUCAAACUAACUUCCGCCGCACGGAACUUGUCCAGAACGUCGAGACCAAUGCAGAAGGAUCGACGUUCUUUCGCGCGAGCUUAAAGAAGGAGAAGGCCUUUUACAACAAUUACGAGUGGCAGUGUUUAUUUACCGAGUCGCACAACUUCGAAAUCCGUGUGAACGCCACGGCGAGCCCUCCCACGAUCAUGUACUUAAACAACGGCACGUGGGAAGCCAAGUGGGAGACCACGUUCGAGCUUGACACGUGGUACAAUUUCGGCAUUGACAUUACUAAGGCCGCCAAGGGAGACAGCUCCGUGAUCACGUUUUACAUGAGCACGGGUGACGAUGACCUUGUACAGAAAAGAAAGGAUAACGUGGUGAGCAAGUUCGCAUCGAUGGAGGAGCUCCACAUCGGACUUUUGACCCUUUCGAACGAUAAAUCCCAACCGAAGAUGGCUAAGGAUAAGGACAUCAUUUCGUUCAACGGUGUGUCGGUGGAGGCUGAGGUGGUUACAUCUGCCACUGGUGCUGCUUCUACUGCUGGGGCUGCUGCGAAAACAUCUUCCCCUGCUUCUAACGCCGCUACCAAGGAAGAUGUUUCGAAGGGCUGCAGUCGCAAGUAA